CUUCUCCCCCAACACUUUCCUCCUCUGCCUUGUCGUCUUACUUCUACUCUCAUUUUUCACGCUGCGCGUCUGCGCGCCACCUGCAAUUAUGGAUAUGAACCACUUGAUAGGCCAACGGUUCAACCUCAUCUCCAAGAGCGAUAUUCGAUAUGUCGGUACACUGCACGAAAUCAACCCCGAAGCAUCAACCAUCGCUCUCGAGAAUGUCAUGUCCCACGGCACAGAAGGACGACGAGGAAACCCCAGCGAAGAAAUCCCUGCUUCUACAAGUGUAUACGAAUAUAUCGUCUUCCGUGGCAGCGAUGUGAAGGACAUUAGUGUUGCAGAAGAAAAGGGCGAGCCAGAGCCCCAGCGCCCACCGGUACUAGAUGAUCCUGCUAUUCUUGGAAGCAUGUCUCGCCCUGGUCCUGGUCCCGCCCCCGUUCCUCAACCUUCUCAGCCACAACAGCCACCUCAAGGUCCCCAAAGCGGUCGGCCUGGCCCUCCGCCAGGAUAUCCCCAGCAGCCUCCUUUUCAAGGUUAUGGUUAUCCCCCCUACGGCGGCCAGCAACGAUUCGGGCCGCCUGGCUACGGUCCUCCUGGUCCCGGCUUUCCUCCGUAUGGCGCUCCUCCAGGAUGGUUUCCUCCCCCAGGACACGGCUUCCCUCACGGAUCACCAGGCCAGUUUCCUCCUAACCAAGGUCCUAUUGGACCCCCUGGCCAACAACGUGCUGGCCCUCCUGGCGGUCCUCCGAAGCCAACCUCCGAACUUCCAGUUGGCGACAAGGUAUCUCAGCCCGGUAGCAAAAGCGCAACGCCAGCACCUGCGCCUACGCAGAACGGCCCACCCCUUCCUGUCGAGUCGAAACCUACAGUAGCCGAAGCUACCCAAGGAACUUUGCCAGCAGCGAAAGCCGCGGCGGCAGCCCCUCAAACACCGUCCAAAGUUCCUCCUACUGGACCAAGGAAUGACCGAGUCAUACCCGCUAUCCCCAUCGCAUAUCCAGCCAAACCCGCUGUCCCACUUACAACUGCCCAGCAAGGCGCCGUUGCUGCCUCCCAAAACACAGCGCAAGCAGCCAUCACAGAAGCUACUCGUGCUGCCACGGCGGCCGUUGCUGCCGCGAUGGCUAAGCUUCCUCAACCGAAUGCUCAGAAGAAGGGUGCAAAUGAUGCAGGUGUCGAUGGGAUGACAAAGAAAUUCAACGACUUGAAGCCGUACGACAAUAACCGCCCCCUUCGUUCUGCGCACCAGGGUCAUCGAGGCGGGCGUGGGGGCCCGCGUGGAGGCCACCAUGCUGCCAACAAGAAAAUCGAAGUUCCGGAUACAGACUUUGACUUUGAAUCUUCUAACGCCAAGUUUAACAAGCAAGAUCUCGUGAAAGAAGCGAUUGCUAGUGGCUCGCCAAUUGUUGAGGAAGAAAAGGAACUCAAUGGCGACGAAACUGCCUCAGUCUCAUCUACUGCCACUCCCAUUGCUUACAACAAGGCAUCAUCUUUCUUCGACAACAUCUCUAGUGAGAUCCGUGAUCGCGAAGAGGGUUCCGGGCGUCCUCGCGAGAGACGAGGCGAGGAGGAGAAAAAGAACAUUGAGACUUUCGGCCAGGGCAGCGUCGAUGGAUACCGCGGUGGAUAUCGCGGGCGUGGCAGAGGACGUGGUUACGGACGAGGCCGUGGUUACACUCGUGGAUACGGCGGUCGCAGCCGAGGUCAAUUCCGAGGCGGUCGUGGUGCUUCACAGUCGACUGGUGUUCCUGCACAAACCUAGUCGGUUUGUUUUCUCCCUAUGUCGUA